UUUACUUCAAUUCAAAGGUGAGACGUUUAUUACUUCAAAAUUGAGAACUUGUUAUUUUCCCUCAAUAAACUAAAGUUGAUUGAUAUUUGAUUAUUUGUCAAUUUGAUCAACGAUUUGCAAAUCACCAACUCCAUAACCAAAGUUCGAUCCAAAGCUGCAAGCAGCAUGGAUGAGCGCGAAUUUCAACGCCUCCUUCUUCUCUUCCCUGUUGUUCGAACUCCACAUUACUAUCAAGCGGACUCAGAAUCGUCAGGGCAAUCGGCCUCACAAGUAGAAAGGAGUGAGGAGGUAUCAGAGUGGCAAGAUGCUCAGGGUGAGCAAGAAACCAAGAACCAAGAUGUCUUCUGGGAUAAAUUAAGAUCUAUCGCAGAAAAAAAGGUUGGCCCAGCUGAGGCAGAGAAGUUCUGUGACGCCUUCCAAAAAAUCUAUCAGAGACUUGUUCAUGAAGAGCUAAGCAGAGAAGAUAUGGAAAACUUCUUAAACUCGUCUUGAGUUGUUAACUGGUUUAAUGGUUUUUGCUGUUAUCGGUUUUCCAAUUAACAUGAAGUAAUACCUAGAUCUAAGAUGAGUCGACAGCAGUGUCUGUCCAUUUUCAGUGUUUUGUAUAGAUAUUGCUUUGGAGGAUCAACUAGGCUUAUUUUGUGACAAUAGUCAAAAUUUUCAAGUGGACUUUCUACUGUGUACAAGCAACUAUUGGCAUCUGAAGAUUUAGUCCCCUAUUCCCCUGACUACUGUGGCAAGUGCUGUAAAAGCACAUCGGAAGUUUACUACAUGACUAUCACCACAGCAUUGGUUGCUUGAAUGAUGAAUGAUAAAUUAUAAUUCCAAUUAUUUCAUGU